GAGUGGGGGGACUGGGGGGGUGCAGGUUGCAGUUGGAGGGGGCACAGUGGGAACUGAGGGACAGAGGGGAUAUGGGGAUGGGAGAGCAGCAUGGGAACAGGGAUGGGGGGCACGGGGCGUACGAGGAGACAGUCUAGGGGUUGUACUGAGAACUGAGGAACUGGGUGAGGGGGCAGGUGACUGGGGGACAUGGGGGCAGCUUUGGUGGGACAGAGGAUCCAGUUGGAGGGAGGCAGUGUGGGAUCAGAGGUCAGAGUGCAUGUAGAGAUGGUGGGGGUAAGGGAGCAGUGCAGGGCUUCAUGAACAGCGUUUGUGUACUGGGACCUGGGAACAGUUACUGAGAGAGCAGAGAUGGAGCCGGCCACGAGCUGCAGCAGCCAUGCUGUUACUGUGGGAAGGAGGCUGCGGGCUCUGCAGGUCACAGGCUGACCUACACACCUCACCAACUGCGCAACGAUGGAUUCACAGCUCACAGGGAGGAUGUGGGGCGGGUGGGAGAAAGGCAGGGAGCUGGGCGCACACCUGCAGGCAGCACACAGCCCCUGCCCAAAGCGGGAGGCACCGCCUCAUCCCCGCGGGGCUCCGCCGCCGCGCUGUACCCGCGCCUCGCGCUCUCUCUCAGGCACAAAAUGGCGGCGACGCUCAGCGCCGCGUUCCCGCGCGGUCGCAGCGGGGUAGGAACCUUCGCGGCGCGGAACGCGCGGGCGCGGGGGGCGGUUUCCGGGCCGGGCCGGCCCCGCUGCCAUGGCCGAGAGUUCGGCCGAGCUGGAGCUGUUCCGCCGGCGAUGGCGAGAGGAGCUGGCUGCGGGCGGCAAGAGGCGGCGGCGGGAGGCGGCGGAGGGGCCCGGCGUGGCGGGGAGAGACGUGACGGGCUGCCUGGCGCUGGCCUGCGGCCUGCUGGGCGACGAGAGCCCGGCCCCGCGCAGCCUUCCGCCCGCCCGGCCCUGCGAGGAGGCCGCGAGGGAUGAGGCCGACGACCUGCUGGGGCAGCUCAUCCGCGACCUGAAUGAAAUCAAUGAAGUUCCUUUCUUUGAUGUCCAUUUGCCAUAUGAACUGGCACUGAAGAUAUUUCAGUAUCUGGGAAAGGCUGAACUGGGAAAGUGUGCUCAGGUCAGCAGAACAUGGAAAGUGCUCGCAGAAGAUGAAGUGCUGUGGUACCGGCUGUGCCAACAGGAAGGAUACCUGUUGGAUGUGAGCAUCUCUGAUCGGCCCUGCUGGAAGCUGGCCCUGAAGGAAUGCCGUGCCAAAGAGCGCGCUUUGAGAACCAACUGGAAGAACCGCAGUGGUGCUGUGAGUCAGCUGCAAUAUGAGCUGGGAAAAAUCCUGUGUGAUGUACAUUCUUGUGAUGGAGUUGUUAUUGCUGGAUACACAUCGGGGGAAGUGAGGUUGUGGGACACGCGCACCUGGGACUACACAGCCCCCAUCCUGGAACCAGUGCACGGUCCUGGUGAUGCUGGACCUCAGCCACAUGUCUCCUUUGUGAGGAUAAACAGCUCUCUGGCUGUAGCAGCUUACGAGGACGGCACUGUGAGUGUUUGGAGCCUGAUGAUCGGGCGCGAGCCGAUCCAUCGCUACCAGCACAAUCAGAGGAUACAGGCUUUAGCUCUCGGUUCUGAGGGUGCCACAGUAGCAACAGCAUCUGGCUUCGAGGUCAAGGUGGAAAGCCCUGAUGAGAGGGGAUUCUGGCAAACAACAGGAACAUUUGAAAUCCAGAAAUUGGUCAACUUCCUUCAUCUGGUUCCAGAGGUUUGGGGCAGUCCGGUGGCAGUAGCAGCUGCAGAAGAUGUUGUCUAUCUCCUGAAAGGAGAAGAUCCUGGGAAAAUUCUCCAUUCUGUCUAUGGUCAGCCUGUCACGUGUCUUGAUGUCUCUGCUCAUGAAGCAGCCUUUGGGGUCAAAGGCUUUGGCUGGAUACUGAACGAGCCCAACCAGGUUCUUCUUUACAACCUGGAAACGAGUCAGUGUCUAAAGAAGCUAGGCAACUCGAUGGGUGACUUUACGUGCAUCAACCUCCAGGACAGUCCUCCAAACAUGCUCGUUACAGGCAAUAAAGACAGAAGGGUCAGGGUGUACGACGUGCGCAGGAGCGAGUCGCUGUGCUCCCUGUACGCGCACCGCCUGGCCGUGUCCGCGGUGCGGAUGGACGACUGGAAGAUCGUCAGCGGGGGAGAGGACGGCUUGGUCUGCGUGUGGGACCAGCGGAUGGGCACCAAGCUCUGGGAGAUGCACGCCAGGCACCCGGUGCGCUACGUGUGGUUUAAUUCCCAUAGCCUGAUCACUGCCAACGUCCCCGAUGAGAAAACUCCCCGCGGUGCCAGCAUCGUGGACGACGACCUCACGGCACAUCGCAGGCAUCGAGGAAUCAUCUAUGCCUACGAGUUCUCCGUGGACCAGCUGGCUGGCGAGAGCGUCCUCCCCAUCUGCCGCUCUUCCUACGACGAGGUGACGGGUUACAACUACAACAUCGGCCUUGCGGUUCCCUACGACCACAUCUAGGUGCAUCAGGAGCACUGAGCUGAAAAGCUGGGGCUGUGAAGCACAGCGGAGCAGGGCUGCCCUCGAGCGUAUCGCUAGAGCACGUGGUGCAGAUGGCCAGAGGUGCUCUGCGUGGAACAGAGACUGAAGGAUGAGGGGGAGCAGCGCGCUUCGAUGGGAACAGAAACGUUCUGUCCUGCUGCUGGUGGGAGGGACGCUGCAGAUCCCUUCUUGGCAGAGGGCGUGGGCUGCUCGGGAAGCAGGAGCCGUGCUGCAAGAUGCUGAGAUGGUGGGAGAGCAGCGAGGGGAGCGUGGCCUGCAGGUGCCGCUCCUGGGGGAGAAAAAGCAGGGUUUGGAGAAAGCACCUUGCUGAGCCCCGUGUAUCUGACGUUUCUUUCCUUCUAAUGAGCUGCUCGUUUUUCUUCUUGGAGUGCAUCAGGAUGUGUCUAGAAACAGGCACGUGCACUAAGGAUGAUGGGGUUUGGGAGAGGGGAGGACGAUGGAGAGAGGGAGGUGAAGGUUGGCCGUGUCCAACCUGGAUGAGUGGAAACCCGCAGCAAGCCACGCGCAUCAAAACACUUUUAAAGUGAAUUAUUUUUUUAAUUCUCUACAAUUCUAGAUUAAAUUUUUUGAUUCUGUA